CUAUCCAAUCCAGGAAGUAUUUUAGUGUAGAGACAAAUUGAAAUGGUUUACGACUAACUGGAUGUAAAGAGCUAUACUGGUUUCGUGACCAAAGCUAUAACAUUAUUUAAUAUAAAAUAUCGUUGCAGCAAGAACUGUAUCUUGCGAUGCACGUUAAAUGACAUUUAGUUGUAAUGUAACCAUUUAGUUAGAUACAGUAGCUAGCUAACAGUCAGUAGCUACUUCCACACUUGUGCUGGAUCGAUGUAAAAUAUUUGCAGUUCUGCUGGUUUGUGACACAUCGUGCAACUGGGUGCUGAAAAGUACCUCUCUUGGUGAGAUAUAGCAACGGAAGAACUACAGCUGGACGUUUUAGAGAAUUUUUGACUAUUUUCUUCCUACCGGUUAGCCAACAUAACGUUAUUUGGCAAACGGAUGCUGCUGCCACCUGCUAGCUAACCUUAGCAAUUGCUUGCAGUUAGCUAUUUUCCACUGCAAAUUGGUGACAUGGCCAUGACAUGCUGUUAGUUACUGUAAUCACAGCUGUCAUUUGAAUGUCCACGUUUCCAUGUCAAUGAGAAGCAGCUAUAGUUUGCUAGAGACUCUGGAAUUUGGUCUCGCACUGUUGGCCACCGAGUGCCCGUCCACGCAAGCUAGCUGAUUUGUUGCUACUAUUACUACUUGUCAAGAAUAGGAGGCGGUGGCAGCUUUGGUGGAUACAUUUCUGCCUCAGCUUUAUAGCGAUCACUGCCGAGGUGAAAUACCGCAGUUCAUGUUUCGACAAGAAGUCAGUGUACUGUCUUUUAUUCCGUCUUGUUCCUACCUUUUCCAACACGAGAAGAGGAAUAUGUCUAGAUAUAACAUUUACAGUCUUUUAGACUGGUUGUAUGGCGGCGUGGACCCAAAGUUUGAAGGCAACGGGGGCCCAGAAUGUGCCGCCUUUCUUGCACCGCAACAACGUAUCAGCGAGAGUUUUGUCAUGGUUCUUAUUUCCAUCGUGGAAGUUGUCGUCGCGCUGAGAAAAAUCAACAUUUGUAAAGAACUCAAAGAGAUUGCGAAAGAUGGGCCAAGGACGAAACAGGACAGUUUCGGCAAGAACCUGUUGCUGGUUGCUCUGUGUAUGACGUUUGGAGUAGAGGUCGGAUUCAAAUUCGCCACCAAGACAGUGAUAUACCUACUGAAUCCUUGUCAUGUUAUGACCAUGGUGCAGAUCUUCCUGCUGGCCUGUCCGCCAUGUAAAACAGCCAUGGUCAUCUUUAGGCUUCAGGUCCAUAUGCUGAACGGUGCUUUACUGGCCCUCGUCUUCCCUGUGGUCAACACUAGACUGCUUCCAUUUGAGAAGGAGGUCUACUACAUUCAGCAUUCCAUGCUCUACCUGGUGCCGGUAUACCUCUUCAGGAAAGGAGGUGUGUACAAGCCGGAGCCCUUAGGGGACAUGUGGUGGGCUAUCCUCUCCACUGGCAUCUUGUUCCUCUAUCACUUCCUGUUCCUGCAGGGCCUGGGCCUGAUGACCGAGGUCAACCUGAAUAACAUGUUGUGUCCAGCGGUGUCUGACCCAUUUUACGGGCCUUGGUACCGGGUUUGGGCUGCGGGUCACCAGACCCUGCUAACCCUGGUCCAUGGGAAGGCCCUGACCCUCUUCUCUUACCACACCGGCCCCACCUGCAGGUACCUGCUGGAUACCGCCAGACUGCGCAGCAAGGUCGACUGAACAGACUGACAGACAGACUCACACGGACGUAGCCUUUUUAAAUCCAAUGCCUGUUCUUACGUUGGGAUUUUCUAUCAACAUUUUUAAUGCAUCUUGUACCACUUACCUUUUUUUAUUUUUAUUUUUUAUUUUUUUUUACUGUAAAGAAUUAGGCAUUUCAGGGUAAAUUAAACAAAGUUAUUAUUUUUGUGUUAGGGAUGGCUUGCAUUGUAUGCAUGCACACAUGAUGGGAAGACUGCUGCAGUUGGUAGUAAUUGGUGUGUAGCUGGCCAGGGGAAAUUUGCUUUUUCUUUUGUUUUGGUCAAAUUUCCUGAACCUGAGUUACUCAUGUUUCUAAAAGUUUUUUUUUUUUUUCUAAAGUUGCCUUUUGUAGUUAUGUUCCAAAAAAUGGGGCUAGCCCACAUAUCACGGAAUUGUCAUGGUUACUGUACACUUCAAACUCUUAAUUUGUGCUUGCCAUGGCAGUUGGCCCAGGUAUGGGUCAAUUUGCCAUUUUGUGUUUGUAUUUAAGAUAAUAUCUUUGACAUGUUUAAUCCAUUGUAAAAGCCAUCACUUUGUGAUAUUUUGUUUGUUAGAAGAGUAACAGUUGUGAAGCAGCUGUCUCUGUGGUCACAGCCUCUGCUGACAAGGAGAAACCUGUUCCUCACGUCUUUGCUGGAUCAAGUGGUAUAAAUGAGAGGGCUCCUGCAUCUGGCCCAUCUCUCCAUCACUGAUUUUACUGCAGAGGUGAAAGAUAGAAUGUAAGGGGCCUUUUUACAGACAAUGCAGACAAGUGUCUGUCCUGUCGGAUCAUUAUGGAUGAGGGGAAAUUACAUGAAGGUAUCUUGAUGUACAGUGCCUUUGUAAAGUAUUCAGACCCCUUGACUUUUCCCAAAUUUUGUUAGCUUACAGCCUUAUUCUAAAAUUGAUGGAAAAAAACAAUUUAAUACAUCUAUACACAAUGACCAAGCAAAAACAGGUUGUUAGAAAUUCUUGCAAAAGUAUGAAAUAAACAAAUAACACAACUGUGCUGUAUCCAAAUAUCUACAGUGCCUUCUGAAAGUAUUCAGACCCCUUACAUUCAAACCCUUUACUCAGUACUUUGUUGAAGCACCUUUGGCAGCAAUUACAGCCUCAAGUCUUCAUGGGUAUAUCGCUACAAGCUAGGCAUACCUGUAUUUGGGGAGUUUUUCCCCAUUCUUCUCUGCAGAUCCUCUCAAGCUCUGUCAAGUUGGCUGGGGAGCUAUUUUCAGAUCUCUCCAGAGAUGUUUGGUCGGGUAAAAAUCUGGGCUCUGGCUGGGGUUGUCUUGGCUGUGUGCUUAAGGUUGUUGUCCUGUUGGAAGGUGAACCUUCGCCCCAGUCUGAGGCCCUGAGCGCUCUGGAGCAGGUUGUCAUCAAGGAUCUGUCUGUACUUUGCUUCGUUCAUCUUUCCCUCGAUCCUGGCUAGUCUCCCAGACCCUACUGCUGAAAAACAUCCCCACAGCAUGCUGCUGCCACUACCAUGCUUCACUGUAGGGAUGGUGCCAGGUUUCCUCCCAGAUGUGACGCUUGGCAUUCAGGCCAAAGAGUUCAAUCUUGUUUUCAUCAGACCAGAGAAUGUUGUUUCUCAUGGUCUGAGUGUCCUUUAGGUGUCUUUUGGCAAACUCCAAGCGGGCUGUCAUGUGCCUUUUACUGAGGAGUGGCUUCCGUCUGGCCACUCUACCGUGAAAGCCUGAUUUGGUAGAGUGCUGCAGAGAGGGGAGAGCCUUCCAGAAGGACAACCAUCUCCACAGAGGAACUCUGGAGCUCUGUCAGAGUAACCAUUGGGUUCUUGGUCACCUCCAUGACCAAGGCCCUUCUCCCCUGAUUGCUCAGUUUGGCCGGGUGGCCAGCUCUAGGAAGGGUCUUGGUGGUUCCAAAUCUCUUCCAUUUAAGAAUGAUGGAGGCCACUGUGUUCUUGGGGACCUUCAAUGCUGCAGAAAUGUUUUGGUACUCUUACCCAGAUCUGUGCCUUGCCACAAUCCUGUCUCUGAGCUCUACAGACAAUUCCUUCAACCUCAUGGCUUGGUUUUUGCUCUGACAUGCAGUCAAUGUGGGACCUUUUUAUAUAGGCAGGUGUGUGCCUUUCCAAAUCAUGUCCAAUCAAUUGAAUUUACCACAGGUGGACUCCAAGUUGAAGAAACAUCUCAAGGAUGAGCAAUGGAAACAGGAUGCACCUGAGCUCAAUUUAGAGUCUCAUAGCAAAAGGUCUGAAUCCUUAUGUAAAUAAGUUCUGUUUUUUAUUUUAAAUGUGCAAACAUCUUUGCUUUGUCUUUAUGGGGUAUUUUGUAUAGAUUGCUGAGGAUUUGUUUUAUUUAAUCCAUUUUAAAAUAAGGCUGUAACAUAACAAAAUGUGGAAAAAGUCAAGGUGUCUGGAUACUUUCUGAAUGCACUGUAUUUGGAUACAGCACAGUUGUCAAAAGGGUGAGAGGAGCGAUGACCUGUGCCUGUUGAGAGGGGAUCUGAAAGGUAGAGAUGGCCUUCAGAGAUGAUUCAUUAAAAAGAUUUAGGGCUCUAUUAAAUCCGUAUUGCAGAAGUUCGGCAUUACAGCGUGAUUGAAAUGUAAAGGCAAUGUUCCUGAGUUAGCGGUAAACGCUACAUAUGUUGACUUCAGUGAUACAGAUUGAAUAGAGCCUUUAUUGAACAUGGGGCAUAUUCAGUGGUUUGCUAUCAAGGUUGCGGAUGAAAUGUAUGUGUAACGUCAGUUCUCUAUCAAAUGCCUGUUCUAUACAUUACACUUCAAUCUACAUUCUGAGUGUUGGUUACUUUUAAGGGGCAGCCCAAUUUCAGUCCAUAUAUCUACCCAAAUAUAGACAUAUUCUAUAUAACCAAUCACAUACAUUAAACAAUAGCUGUUUGAUUACCUGCAUAGCUCUUUGGGAACCCCUGUUUUAAGGGAAGUAUCUGUUUUUAAAUACAAUUUCCUAUUCCCUAUCACUUCGAUUGAUCCCAUUUUGUAAUGAGGGAUUGUUGUAUUCCCUUAAACAUUACAAAAACAAGGGAUAUGGUAUACUUUUUUACACUUUUCUGGGUGGAUGUGCAAUGUGCUGUAUUGACAAUAAAUGGGAUUUCUGCCCUUAAA